AUGGAACUUGACAGCAAUACUCUUAAUGACACUGACACAGAUUGUGAUCGAUCAGCUAGAGAAACAAAUGAUAAUGUAAUUACUGUGAUUGAAUCAUUGAGAAAACAUUUUAUUGAUGAUAAUGAUGAUUGUCCAAGAUUUUUUAUGGAUUGUUUAAAAAAAGCAUGCGAACAUGCUUUUAGUUCAACAAAAACUGAAGAGCGUCGUCCAGUACUUGUCUACGUUCAAAAUAGAAAUAGUAGGAUCAGUACUAUAUUUGAUUCUUUCGACAUUAUCGAUUAUUUAAAUGAAAAUUAUAUUGUAUGGUCAUGGGAUAUUAAUUUAGAAUCGAAUAGAAUUUUACUUAACAAUAUGUGGAGAGAUGUAUUUUCAUGUGAAUUUCCAUAUAGUCGAAAUGUAAAAGAAUAUCCAAUAUUAAUUGGAAUUAUGCGAUUUUAUCAAGAGAAAAAAAAUGAUUUAUUUAUAUCCGCAUAUCAAUUUAAAAAAUUACUUCAAGGUUAUAUUUUACGAACUGAAAACAUCUAUACUGAAAAGAUAUUAAUUGAUAAAUUAGCACUUUUUAAAGCAGAAUCCGAUGAAAAUGAACGUAGUUUAUCAUUUGAUUUCAUUUGUAAGAGUGGUCUUUGUUGGAAUGUUAUUUUUGAAAUUCUCGAAUAUCUUACGUUGAAUGAUGCUAUAAGUCUAUUUUCUGCUAAUAUUCUUCCAAUUCUACGUAAAUAUAAUAGAAAAAUUGAGGUUUAUCUAUCGUCUGAUACUUUUAUUGAAACAAUUCUUCCAAAAUUAAAAUACGAACAAAUUGUUUCAUUACGUUUAAAUAGAAAUUUUGAUCCAAUACAAUCAACAUCAAAUUCAUUACGUGUUUUUUUUGGUGUAACUUCAUUACAUCUUUAUAAUUUUUAUGAUAUUAAGUUAAUGUUCAGAUUCAAAAGACAUUUUCGUAAAUUGAUUCGCAUUUCGUUUUGGUAUGACGAUCAAGUUUGUCUUCACUGUCUAAGUUGUAUGUUGAUGGAUCUCCCAAGAUCAGUCAAACAAUUAGAAAUACACUCUGGAAUAUUGUUAUGCAAUGAUUUUCAUAAAAUUUCACGUUAUUUGCAAUCUUCAAUAAGUAAUUCCAUUGAAUAUAUUCUUAUUGAUAUAAAAAGAUCUUCAUCGUGUUCAAUAGACGAUACUUUCCAAUUUGAUCAAUCAUUUUCUUUUAUAGAAAUUGCUGAUUUUUUUCAAAAUAUCUCAAAUAUUCGACAUAUUCAUUUAAUAAUAAACAAACAAAAUAUCAAUCAUUUCUUAAAUUUAGAUCAAUGGAAAAUAUUAAGACAAAAUUGCAAGAUGUUAAAUAAAAUAACCUUAAAUAUAAUCGGAAAUAUCUUAGAAGAUGAAGAAUUUACGCAAACAUUGUUAAAAAUUCAAACGGAAUUACAAAAAAUUGUUAAAUUUCGAUUUACUUAUAUAUAA